CCUCUUGCAAUACAGGUAAUGGGGAGUCUCAUGCAAUCCAAGAUUGAAGAAAGUCAAUGGCAAGCUGUGUUAGAUAAUGAAAUAUGGGAUAUACCGCGUGCUACAGAUAAAAUCAGACCCGAAUUGUGGCUAAGCUAUGUUAAUUUGCCUUCUGAAGUGAAGAAAUGUUUUGCCUUUUGUGGCAUAUUCCCCAAGGAUAGUUUAAUUGAAGUAGAUAUGCUGGUUCAAUUUUGGAUCGCUUAUGGGUUUAUUCCAUCUCAAACUGGAAUUGAUAUAGAAGUUGAAGGCCAUGAGAUUUUUAGUGAAUUGAUAUCCAGAUCUCUUCUGCAAGAUGUUAAUAUCCAUGCCGCUGGCACCCAUCUUUAUAUCUCUGUCAAUAAUAGGUAUGAAUGGCCAGGUGUUAGACUUUGCAAGAUGCAUGAUCUCAUCCAUGACCUUGCUCAAUUUGUUACUGGAGAUGGGUGCUCCACAUUGCCCAAAAAAAACGAAUUCAAGAAAAUUUCAAAAAGGGCCCGUCAUUUCAUAUUAAAAGAUGAUGAUGCAGAGUAUUAUAUGGGUGAUCGCCCCAUUAAUGGUCGCACUGCAUUAUCUGUCCAAAGAGGCUUCAUUGGAUUGUCAAAGUUGAAGUUGCUCAGAGUGUUAGAGUUGGGUUAUGGAGCAAAUGUUGACGAGCUGUCUACAUCAAUACAAUAUUUGCAGCAUCUAAGAUAUCUCAAUCUUUCUAGUACUAAAAUAAGGGAACUACCAGAAUCAAUCUGUAUGCUUGUAAAUUUGCAGACAUUGAAUCUGAAUGGUUGUGAUCUACUUACUAAACUUCCCAUGAGCAUAGUGUACAUGAACAGUCUUAGACAUCUUCAUCUUAGUGAUUGUCCAAAACUAAAAAUCAUGCCGUCUGGUUUAAGUCGAUUGCGUUGCUUGAAAACAUUGACAAAAUACAUUGUCUCUGAGAAAGCUGGGAACAAGAUUGGAGAGUUGAAGCAUUGGAAUCUUGACGGUGAACUUGGGUUGUAUGACCUCCACAAGGUGAAGAAUGUGGAUGAGGCAAAAGAAGCUAAUAUGAGUAGCAGACAAAGAAUUAAUUCAUUGUCCCUGUCUUGGGGAGCAUCAGUGGAAAAUGCAGAACAAGUGUUGGAAGCCCUGAAACCUCACGCUGCAUUAAAAGUGCUCAGUUUGCUUGAUUAUCCGGGCACACAGUUUUCAACGUGGAUUAGAGACGGACAUCAACUUCAAAAUCUUGUUAAGAUCUUCCUACAUAAUUGCCAAGGAUGCGAACAACUCCCACCCCUGGAGCAAUUGCCUUGUCUUGAAGAACUCACUAUUCGUAGAAUGGAUGGCAUCAAAUACAUUAUUAAUAACACCACAGGCGAUGCAUUAUCUUUAUUCCCUGCAUUGAGGACCCUUCACUUGUAUGAAAUGGCUAACCUGGAGGGGUGGUGUGUGGAGGAGGAUAGAGAAACGGCUCCACCUAUGUUUCCAUGCCUUGCUGAGUUGGUAAUAAUUCGAUGCCCGAAAUUGACAACCAUGCCACCACAAAUUCCAACUCUCAAAGGGUUAUUCAUAACAGAAUCAUACUGCAGGACACAAAUCGCACUCGUGUCCAAGGAGAAGGGGGUUUUCAAGCAUUUGAAUUCUCUUAAGCAGUUGAGUCUAACGAGAUGUGAGGAGUUGGCUUUGCUGCUGGAAGACAAGGAGGAGACAAGACCCUUAAGCUCAUCAAUUCGUGAUUUAUGUAUUAAUGAUUGCAGUCAGUUCUCAUUAUCAGUGGCUUUGCGUAACCUUACCUCUCUCGAAAGACUCUGGAUGUAUCAUUUUGAAGAGCUGGUGUCCUGGCCGGAUGAGCUGUUGCGAGAUUCUGAGUCCCUCAGAUGCUCUAUAUUUAUGUUUUUGCAAGAAUUUGACAGGUGCAUCAUCACAAGGAGAUUGUGGUCUACCGUUUCUAGAGCAUCUUGAUGUUUCCAAUUGUGAUGCACUGUUAGAAUUGCCCAAGUGCCCCUCAUCACUCAAAAGCUUGUCUGUUGCCAAUUGUCCAAGCAUCAAAUCUUUAUGUUCAGAUAUGGGACACCUCACUUCAUUUUUUAAACUAGAGUUUAUCAAAAUGCCCUGUGCUGGAGUCUCUGCCAGAAGGGAUGCAAGGCCUCACUUCCCUUCAAUAUCUGUCUAUUGAAGAUUGUCCAGCGCUGAAAUCAUUCCCAGAAGGCCUCCAACAGUGGCUUCCAACUCUUAAAAGGCUUAAAAUCAGUGGAUGCCCUAAGCUAGAGAGGCGAUGCAGUCCAGGAGGAGACUAUUUCCACCUUGUCUCUAGCAUCUCAAAGAGAUUCAUAAAAAGCAGCCCUAGAAGGACACUACUAGUACCUUGUAUAUAACAUCAUGAAAGCAUAGAUAGAAAACAGAGGAAAAGAUGCAUCUUUCCCAGUGAUCUCAUGUCUUUCAAUGUACAUAACUCUCGAGGUGUACUCUUGCUAGUUCUCAUUUAUUCAGCCUUCUUGAAUUGAUCUCAUUCUCCAAACUUGCUUUCAGUCAUUUUAUCAGUUAUUACACUGCACCAAGUGGGUCGCAGUUCAUUCUCAAGAGGAUGAGAUGCCCAGCUGAUUCAUGUAUUGUUUUACACGAGAAUUUCAGGCUUUUCUCUUCAAAGAAUUGGACUUGUCUUAGCUUGAAUUUGCAAUAUGCUUGUGGCAUAGUUGAUGCUAUCUGUGACUAAGCAAAUCUCAAAAUGAUAAAGACUCAACAUGCAAAGAUAAAAUCCCCCUGAAGAAAUCAACAAAUUGGCUUGUUUUUCCUGAUCGAACUUCUUAGGAAGGAUUUGGAGUUGUUGGUGGUUAUUUCUUGGCAACAAGCUGAAAGUUCAUUUCAUUGUAGAUGGAUCCUCAGGUGCUGUUAUUUGUCAUUAGUGAUCAGCAGAAGCUCAUUGCUUGGAGAAUCAAAGCCGUUGUUGCAUGUUUUACCAAUAGAAUUAAUGAGUUUGGGAAAGAAAAGAAUUUCUCUUCUAAAUUCAGAAUCGAUUACAAAAAUUGUGUAUUAUUGAUUCUGCUGGCCUUGUUUUCAUUCAUUUAAUGAAAAUUUGAUUCUAGCUCCUUUAUGAGAAAUAUAGACAAUAAAUCAAUAAUGCCAAUACUGAAUAUGCCUAUCCAAAUGAAGGGUUGAUGUUCUCACCA